AUGCGCAAUGACCCAGAAAAUUCUCUCCUUACUAAAGGUUGCAGGGAGAAUGAAAGGCACUUUGAUACGAUAUCUUAUGCUAAAUCAUCACCUAUGGCAUUCAUCAGAAUCUCACAGUACCCCAUGAGCCAAAGAGAUCUACAGCAACACAGAGCUAACCAGUCCAGUCCAUACCCCAUGAUGGUCAGCACUGUUGACACUAUUCUUCUGGCACACAACCACAUGUCCCACUCUCUACUCAACAACAAUCUGACUAGUGCACCGAGGACUGGUCAAGCAUCAAUGUUCAAAGGUCAGAUAUCGAAAUUCAAGCCAGAAAAUUUCACAGAUGGAGCUUGA